GGCCCAGCCAGGAGAAGGUAAGGGAUGGCGUGGAGCCCUCCAGAGCCUGCAGAGUGAGCACCAUCUGCAGCGCGUUGGACCUGGAGCCUCCAAGGCAGGACUGCGUCACCAGGGAGACUCAAGAGGAAUUGAUACUUCGGCCCCCAGUGACAUGUACACGGUGUAAUGACAGGAAAUGAGCAGGUUUGCACAGAAACUGCUGGCCUGAAAUUUAAGAAGAAGACGUGGUCGCUUGGCUCCGGCUGAGAACAUGGCCAAUGGCAUUGACGAGCUGAUCGGCAUUCCCUUCCCCAACCACAGCAGCGAGGUCCUCUGCAGCCUAAACGAGCAGCGGCAUGACGGGCUACUGUGUGACGUGCUACUGGUGGUGCAGGAGCAAGAAUACCGCACCCACCGCUCGGUCCUGGCCGCCUGCAGCAAGUACUUCAAGAAGCUCUUCACGGCCGGCACCUUAGCCAGCCAGCCCUACGUCUACGAGAUCGACUUCGUCCAGCCCGAGGCCCUGGCCGCCAUCCUGGAGUUCGCCUACACCUCCACGCUCACCAUCACCGCCUCCAACGUCAAGCACAUCCUCAACGCCGCCAGGAUGCUGGAGAUCCAGUGCAUCGUGAACGUGUGCCUGGAGAUCAUGGAGCCCGGGGGGGACAAGGAGGACGACGAUGACGACGAGGAGGACGAUGAUGAGGACGAAGAGGAGGAAGAGGAGGAAGAGGAGGACGACGACGAUGACACGGAGGAUUUUGCUGAUCAAGAAAACUUGCCUGACCCCCAGGACAUCAGUUGCCACCAAAGCCCUUCCAAGUCGGACCACCUCUCGGAGAAGGCCUAUUCGGACACACCCAGGGACUUCCCUGACUCCUUCCAGGCCGGCAGCCCAGGCCACCUGGGCGUGAUCCGGGACUUCUCCAUCGAAUCUCUGCUGAGGGAGAACUUGUACCCCAAAGCCAGCCUCCCCGACAGGAGACCCUCCUUAUCUCCAUUCGCCCCGGACUUCUUUCCACACCUCUGGCCAGGGGACUUCGGUGCCUUUGCCCAACUGCCGGAGCAGCCCAUGGACAGUGGGCCCCUGGACCUGGUCAUCAAGAACCGCAAGAUCAAGGAGGAGGAGAAGGAGGAGCUGCCCCCACCCCCACCGCCGCCCUUCCCCAACGACUUCUUCAAGGACAUGUUCCCGGACCUUCCCGGGGGGCCACUGGGCCCCAUCAAGGCGGAGAAUGACUACGGUGCCUAUCUCAACUUCCUGAGCGCCACCCACCUGGGGGGCCUCUUCCCGCCCUGGCCGCUGGUGGAGGAGCGCAAGCUGAAGCCCAAGGCCUCUCAGCAGUGCCCCAUCUGCCACAAAGUCAUCAUGGGGGCGGGGAAGCUGCCGCGGCACAUGAGGACCCACACCGGGGAGAAGCCAUACAUGUGCAACAUCUGCGAGGUCCGCUUCACCAGGCAGGACAAGCUGAAGAUCCACAUGAGGAAGCACACGGGGGAGCGGCCCUAUCUGUGCAUCCACUGCAACGCCAAGUUCGUGCAUAACUACGACCUCAAGAACCACAUGCGCAUCCACACGGGCGUGAGGCCCUACCAGUGCGAGUUCUGCUACAAGAGCUUCACGCGCUCCGACCACCUGCACCGCCACAUCAAGCGCCAGAGCUGCCGCAUGGCCCGGCCCCGGCGCGGCCGCAAGCCCGCGGCCUGGAGGGCCGCCAGCCUGCUCUUCGGGCCCGGCGGCCCGGCCCCGGAGAAGGCGGCGUUCGUGAUGCCCCCCGCGCUGGGCGACGUGGGCGGCCACCUGGGCGGAGCCGCCGUGUGCCUCCCGGGCCCCAGCCCCACCAAGCACUUCCUGGCCGCGCCCAAGGGCGCGCUGAGCCUGCAGGAGCUGGAGCGGCAGUUCGAGGAGACGCAGAUGAAGCUGUUCGGGCGCGCCCAGCUCGAGGCCGAGCGGAACGCGGGGGGCCUCCUGGCCUUCGCGCUGGCCGAGAACGUGGCCGCCGCGCGGCCCUACUUCCCGCUGCCCGACCCCUGGGCCGCGGGCCUGGCCGGCCUCCCUGGGCUUGCCGGCCUCAACCACGUGGCCUCUAUGUCUGAGGCCAACAACUAGGCUGGUCCUCCUCCACCUGGCUCCUGCUUUCCCGUCCCCUCCCAGGCCCACCUGCCCCAUCGAUGGGUCUGAACUUUUUAUUUCAAAAGGAAGAAAAAAUAGCAGCAGCAGUGGUAUUUUCCGGGCCUCCUGAGGCAGUUGCCUCCCCUUUGCUGGUGUCUGAGAUGGGCAUCUCCUCCCAAAAGGCCUGGCCUCUCCCUGGCUGCCUCUCCCCACCCUCAAAGAGAAACUCACAGGGGCCCAUAUCACAGCGGGGGCCCCAGGCCAUGUGUCCCAAAGUACCUGGGAGCUGUGAGGGUCUAGAAGGAGGAGGUGGCUUGGCCAGAGGCAGACCGGAUGGAGCAGGGAGGAGGGUAGGGUCCUGAGACACGCGCCCUGUGAGCCCUUCGGCUUUGUGGUGGAGUCCCUGCUAACUCUGUUCCAAUGGGUUCAUUCUCCCCAUCUCCAGUGGUCCUGGGACCCUUAGAGGAGAUGACCUAUUGGCAGGGAGGCCUCCUGGAGUCAGGAGUGAGGUUCCUGGAAUCCAGGCCCAUUUUUCCCUCCCUGUCCUGUGACCUUGGACCGCUUCACCCUCUGUACCCCAGUUUCUCCCUGCUGUGAAAGAGGGCUGGUGAUUUCAUUUCCCUCUCCCACCCACCCACAUGCUCAUAUCUGCCCAUCCCUCCAAAGAGAAGCCUUGCGAGAGCAGGAGCUUUGCACUCCUAAUGUCCCUGGUGACACUAUUUUACUGGACUUAGUUUUAUCACAUCCAUCUUUACAUUAGCACAGGUGAGAAAUGUGGCCACGCUAGACAGGGUGACAGAGGAAGAGGGCUUGGGUGGGGCUUGUCCACAGCCCCCAAGCAGCUUUGGGUAACUCCAAAUCCUACCUCCCCUAGGGGCACAUCCAGAGACGACCACCUAGCAUGGUCCCCACCUCCACAUACCCCUGGCAACGCCAUAAGGAGUCUUUCAGGACUCCUGGGGCCAACACGGAAGGACAGGGGCCACCUCUAAACACCUGGCUGUUGCCUCCCUCCAUCUGAUUCCCAGAAACAAAGCGCCCAGUAACCCAAGUGUGUGUUCACUUUUUGGUUGUGGGCUUCUUGGGGCUUUGGCAUUGCUGUGUUUGAACACCCACAGCCCCUCCCUGGCCCCCCGGGGAGGAAGCCGGGUGUGCUGUGUGGGGAAUCAGAGCCUUGGCUGCAGGACGGGCGUGGGGGGCUCUGUGAAUGAGGGCUGUCCACCCCCUCUCCCGGGCUCUCCGGUGGGCAGCCGUCCUGAGAAGGAAGACAGCUGGAGCCUUCCUGAUCUCUCCGCUUUCCUGCCCUUCCCUCCCUUUUCUUGCUGAGUUUGCUUUUGUUUCUCAGUAGCCCAGAAGGGAGGCGAGUUCAUCUGGGUGGGUGGGUGAGGGCUGGUGUCCCCAACCCUGGAGCUGUGGACACAGAGACUUCGGCUCUUCCUAUCGCCUUGGCUUCUUCCUGAGCAAACACACACACAAAAAAACAAAAAGGCCAGAGAAGACCACAGACUCUGUCACUCUCUCAGCUCCCCCACUCUCUGAAAGAAACCCCUGCCUCCACACACCACCUCUGGCCCUUUCAGCCAGAGGGAACUGUUGCUGACACCCUGUGGUCCUCGGAUGUCAUCUGCUGGGCAGCCCCUCUCAGAUUCCUGUCUCCAUUUCCUCCCUUCACUUCUGGGACCCACCAGCCAACAUGCCCACGUCCCCUCUCCUCAGUCAAGGGAGUGGGGCUGACCCAAACUUCAAGAGAAAACAAGGGAAGAUGAACAAAUUAAAAUCCAGUGGUGUUGGGGCUUUUGUUUUUAUUUUGUAAAGGUAAUGACUUCUUAUAAACUCAAUUUUUCAGAUGACUGGUUA